CUACAAGCAGUAGUGUUUAAAUAGAAGCAAAAGCAAAAGGAGACAGGGUCUUCUCUUAUUUUGCUCCUCUUAAUUCAGAUUGAGAUUGAGAUCUGACCACUUUUUUUUAUUUGGUUUUUGCCAAAUUUCGAAACUUUAAGACCAUUCUCAACUGGGUUUCCUCUGUUUUUUUAUUUCUGUUUCUGGUAUAAGUUAUUUUGUAUCUAUAAGGCUGAUCUUUGCUCAGAAGGAUGGGUGUGGAGGUUGUGGGAUCUGAGAUGGCUCAAGUACCAGUGGAGAAGGUUGUUGAGCUAGAUAUGCAUGAAAAGGAGAAUGGAAAUGCCGUCGUUGAAGGAGAAGCCGCUGAUGUUGCGGAUUCUAAGUUCCCGAAGGAUGCGGUUGAUGAGUGGCCUGCACAGAGGCAGAUCCAUAGCUUUUAUUUUGUUAGAUGGAGACCUUUUGAGGAUCCAAAAUUAAAACCCAAACUUCAACAGCUUGAUCAGGAGAUUGAGAAGUGCAAUAAUGCUCGGACUCGGAUAAGUAAGGAAUUGAAUGCGAAAAGGUCUGAGCGUAAAGAAAUAAUGGAGCAGAUUAGGACUUUGAGAAGUGAGAAUGAUCAGUAUAAAACAAUCUUUGAUGAGAAGAGGAAGGAACUGGAGCCUUUUCAGCAGGCACUGGGCAAGCUGCGGACAAAUAAUACAACCCGUGGUGGUAUUUGUUCAUCUGAGGAAGAGCUUAAUGAUCUUAUCCGCGGUAUGCAAUAUCACAUACAACAUGAGAGCAUCUCAUUGACAGAGGAGAAGCAAAUACUUAGGGAAAUCAAACAACUUGAGGCUACAAGGGAAAAAGUUGUUAUUAAUUCUGCAAUGAGAGCCAAAAUUCAGGAGUCUCUAGGGCAGAAGGAAGCUAUUCAAGACCAGGUCAAGCUUAUGGGUGCAGAUUUGGACGGAGUAAGAAAGGAGCAACAGUCAGUGUGGGCAAGAAUUACUCAACUAAGGGAAAAAGUGAAAGUACUUGAUGCUGAAAUCACUCCUUUAAUGGAUGAGAUUACAGCUGUGAUAGAUAAAAAAGACAAAGCAUGGGACAAUAUUAGAUCUUUAAGAAAACUGCGUGACGAUGGGAAUAGCGACUACACUAAUAGCCGCCAUGCUAUGAGUCAAGCUAAAAUGCAUGCUGACCAGAAAAAUGUAAAAGCUCUCGAGGAGCUUUCCCACAAUGAGGUUGAAAACUUCAUGUCCCAUUGGAACAGUAACAAAAAAUUUAGAGAUGAUUAUGAAAAAAGAAUUUUGCCAUCACUUGAUGGUCGACAGCUGAGUAGAGAUGGACGAAUGAGGAACCCAGAUGAGAAGCCAUUGGUGGCAAUGGAGACACCGGUACCCUCUGCUCCUGAACCAGUAGCCAAAGCUAAUGCUAAAAAAACAAAGGAACCAGCUGCAGAAAAAGAAUCUCUGCCUGCCCAAAUGGUCAAGAAAGAAUCAAAUAAAAAAGACAUAAAGCCCAAUUUGGAGGAUGUAGGUGAUGAGAUUUCUUGGUCAGAAACGCAGCAUAAGAAUCCUCCUCCUGCUGAGAAAAUUGACGAAGCGAAGUUGAAGGAGCUUAAGAGGGCAGAAGAGUUAGAAAAAUCUAAACUAGCUAUGGAAAGAAAGAAGAAGUUGGCUGAGAAGAAUGCAAAUAAAGCAGCUAUAAGAGCUAAGAAGGAAGAAGAGAAAAAGCUUAAGGACAAAGAAAAGAGGUUGAAGAAGAAAAAUCCAGCAUCUGAACCUUUGGAACCAGCUGAACAGGUCGCAGAGGUAGUAGAAACCGAGAAGCUUGAAGUUCAGGACGAGCCUGCUGCUCCGGUGAAGGAAAAAGUUAGAAAAGAGAAUCCAGCUAGGAUCCGGAAUCGAGGAAGGGGGGCAGAUUCACUUCCAAAGGCCAUGUUGAGGAAGAAAAAGUCAUCCAACUACUGGAUGUGGGCUGGUGCGGCUGCUGCUGUUUUGCUACUUCUUGUCGCUCUGGCAGUGGGGUACUACUAUUCUUCCCCAAAGCCGCAAUUUUCUGCUUGAUGAGCAUGUAAGUUGUUAGGUUGUAGUAGCAGAAGUAAAACCAUAUAUGUUCGUUGCAUCCCCGUUGUCGGAUGGACUCUGAAGCUCAUAAUCUUGCUGGUAGUAGUAUAAUUGAAGCACUUGUAAAGUGUUUUAGCAAGAGUGUACUAAAUGCAUUUGGUUCUUUUUGUUUCAAAUUUUGACUCAGUUAAAUUUCAUGAAUAUUAAAACAGAAUGCUUGUUUUGGAAA